CCCUGCAGGAGGAAGACAUGUCGCUGUCAAACUAUUGUGUUUGUGCAGCAUCACGUGUCUCAGCCGACCUCCUCAGACUGGCUGGAACCCGUCAGGAACCUGAUUGAGAUUCAGCGGCGGAGCUGCAGAAAAACAAGUCGUGCACAAGACCCAGAGGACGCCGUGAGAGGCAGACACGUUUCCCCCAGUUCGUCUCUCAGCAUGGCCGCUGUCUGUCUGCUGAGGACUCGCUCUCUCUUCCGCCAGUUUGUCCCCGGCCUGCCCGCCGCCAUGCAGCGCCAGUACAGCCUGGAUAUUUCCUCUCAGCUCCUCCGGACGCAGGGCUACGUGGACGGCCGCUGGGUGUCAGCAGCCUCGGUGUUCCCGGUGCUGGACCCGGCCACCGGCCAGGAGCUCGCCCGGGUGGCUGACUGCGGCCCGGCGGAGGCCAAGCAGGCAGUGGACGCCGCGUACAAGGCGUUUUACUCCUGGAAGCAGUUCACGGCCAAGGAGCGGAGCUACCUGCUGAGGAAGUGGUUCGACCUGCUGACGCUGCACAAGGAGGACCUGGCCAAGCUGAUCACCUUUGAGUGUGGGAAGCCGAUGAAGGAGUCUCUGGGUGAGAUCGCGUACUCGGCCUCCUUCAUCGAGUGGUUUGCCGAGGAGGCUCGGCGAACGUACGGCGACAUCGUCCCGUCGGCCGCCAAGGACCGAAAGGUCCUCCUCCUCAAGCAGCCGGUGGGCGUGGCCUCCAUCAUCACCCCGUGGAACUUCCCCAGCGCCAUGAUCACCAGGAAGGUGGGGGCGGCGCUGGCGGCCGGCUGCACCGUGGUGGUCAAACCGGCCGAGGACACGCCGCUGUCCGCCCUCGCCCUCGCCGAGCUGGCGAGCCAGGCAGGGAUCCCGCCUGGGGUUUUUAACGUGGUGCCUUGCUCCAGGGAGAAGACCCCAGAGGUCGGGAAAGUUCUCUGCACCGACGACCUCGUGGCUAAAGUCUCCUUCACCGGCUCCACCGCCACCGGCAAGAUCCUGCUGAAACACGCCGCUGACACUGUGAAGAAGGUUUCCAUGGAGCUGGGUGGCCACGCCCCCUUCAUCGUGUUCGACAGCGCUGACGUGGACAUGGCGGUGGCGGGAGCCAUGGCCUCCAAGUUCAGGAACUCUGGACAGACGUGUGUUUGUUCAAACCGCUUCCUGGUGCAGAGCGGCAUCCACGACCGCUUCAUGGAGAAGCUGGGCCGGGCGAUGGACGCCGAGCUGCGGCUGGGCCACGGCUCGGAGCCCGGCACCACGCAGGGCCCGCUCAUCAACAGCCGAGCCGCCGACAAGGUGGUGUCCCAGGUGUCGGACGCCGUGUCGCGGGGCGCCAAGGUGCUGCGCGGCGGGAAGCGCCUGCACGGCUCCUUCAUGGAGCCCACGCUGCUGGCCGGCGUCACCACCGACAUGCUGUGCACCCGGGAGGAGACCUUCGGCCCCCUGCUGCCCGUCAUCAGGUUUGACUCGGAGGCGGAGGCUCUGGCCAUCGCCAACGCCUCCCACGUGGGGCUGGCAGGUUACUUCUACUCGCAGGACAUCAGUCAGAUCUGGCGGGUGGCCGAGGCGCUGGAGGUGGGCAUGGUGGGCGUCAACGAGGGGCUCCUGUCCACGUGCGAGGCCUCGUUCGGCGGCGUCAAACAGUCCGGCCUCGGCCGCGAGGGCUCCAAGUACGGCAUCGAGGAAUACCUGGACGUCAAGUACAUGUGCUUCGGAGGCCUGAAGCCGUGAAGCCCCGCCCCCCUUCCGUCUCCUGUGGCGGCGCGGCGUGCAGCUCGAUACGACUGUCAGCCAGACACGAAGCGAGGAAGGAAUCUGACGCUGUAACGCCGCGUUAAUCCACCCUGACAGCACCCUGACAUUUCAACAACAACAUAAUAAUAAUAACAAUAAUAAUAAUAAAUAAUAAAUAAUAAUAAUCCAUAACAGUAACAGUGUUAAAAUAGGUCUUACACAAAUCUAAUGAAGAUCAACAUCAGAUCAGUCUCAUCUGAACUGAAUUUAAUCCACACUGAAACUGUAAAUGUCAACAUGAAUAAUUCUGACUUUUCAAAGUUUAAUUUAGUUUUUUUAAUGUGGCUCAGUCUGUGGAGUGACACACGGCUGCUGCCGGGGUUGAAGGUCCAAUUCCCCUCCAGGCCUCUAACCUAACAGUGUGGUAGUGAAAUGCAUUCUGGGUAAAAAUCUAAACCUGCACUAAACAGCUGGCACAUUUGGAUUUCAUGUCUAGAAAAUAAAAUGAAUAACCGCUGAGGUGUUUUGAUGGACGGGCUGUCGCCGCGCCGUCUCAUCACACACACACACACACACACACACACACACACUCUCUGUGUGUAUAUAAUGUCUUAGUCUUUGCCAGCUCCAGAUUCACGUUUCGACUUUUCUCAGUUGAGUCUAAGCAGUCCUCAUUUCCAUUCAUCACCGGUCGUUAAUCUGUGAUGUAAUCUGUAAUCUGUAACACAGAAGACACAUCUUCUAUGAGAAACAAUCUCUGGACAGCUUGUUGUUUGUUUGUUUGUUUGUUUAGUUGUGAGACGAGGAUCUGCUCGACAGGUGAAGAAGAAAAGCACAAAUCUGCUCCCGAGCCAGUCUUAGUUUGAGAGAUUUUUGGGAUUUACAGUCUAAAGUUAACCAGAUUAUUAUAUUUUUGCUGUUCUGUGUAUGUGAAGUGAACCUGAGACUAGUUUCCCUUCCUCCCAGAUAGUUUUUGGAUUAGGGAUGAGCAUGAAACCCAUGUCUUAAUAAUAUUUUUGUAAGGAGCAGCGUGUCGGUGCUUCAUGUGUCUGUGGGGAUUAAAGCUGCUGAGCGUCAGUGUGUUCAAUCUGAAGCCGCCUGUCCCGGGACGCCACGCCACGCCACGCCACGCCGCCGUGUCCUGACCCGAUAAAGGUCAAUAUCUGCCGCCACAUGCCGAUGUCGUUUUGUUUUUUUUACCCAGAGUGCCAUGAGAACAAUCGGUUUCUCCCGCGCUGCAGUUUAAUGCUCCUCCAGUCAGCUGUCCUGUUUUUUGUGAUUCAAAGUGAAAGGAUCAGACUGGUGUCAUUUUUUUAUUAUCACCAUGAAAACACCAGAGGUCUCCUAAAACAGAAGGUACGGUGGGAAUGUGCCUACUAAUGCAAUAAAGAGCUCAAAUAUGUGUAUUUUACCUGCAGCUGCUCUGCUGUAACGUCGCCCUCUACUGGCGGCUGGUAGGAACUGCAACAACAUCACACUGACCUGUGGCUCCUGCAGGAUAAUGUUUCAUAUAGAUUAUCAUUGUUUUUAAUUGUGAUAUAGUUGUUGGUAAUGUAAAAGAGAAUGCUCAAACAUCUACCUUUUGUAAAUAUAAAUGACAAACUGAAAAGAAUUAAAGAGGAAGUGUGUUUUAUUA